UAUCUAUAGUCAUGGCCCAAAAUUGAAAGGAUUGACGUAGUGUUUGGGCUUGGGUAAUUGGGCUUUCUAGUUCGGUUUCAAGUACCACUCGUCGGGAUCCAUGCCCGUUAUUUGCCUAUUUGGAGAUUUCGAAUUUGCGUUGAAAAGCUUCUGGAGAAUUGAAUUCCAAUUCUCUUCCCAGAAAACCUAAACCCAAUUGCGCGAACAACCUCUCGAGUGGCGGGAAAUCCAAUUCAAAUUCAAUUACUCAAAAACCCGGUUUGCCGUAGAAUCCAAAGAAAUGGACUCCAGCGUUGUGAGGGAAUUCAUAAAGAAAGAAGUUCCUGAUUGGGACGACGAAGUGAUCGCGACGGCCCGAUUCAAGGCAUUUAGUGGCCAAAGAUCUGAUUGGGAAUCCAAAUACCUAUUCUGGAGGGAUUUGAUUCUCAAAGUCGCUCGCCAUCUGGGCCACUUAGCCAUUAGACCUUCUCAGGUAAAGAAUGAGUGGUUUAAUCGAGGAGGAUUGACCCCUUUAUGCCUUGAUCAUGUCUUGUUUAUAAUGUAUAGUGAAGGUGAUAUUAUACGAAGUGUUGAUCUUGUGGAUCCAAGGAAUGGAGGACUCUCACAGUUUUUUAGGAAAGUGAGAAAUUUGGUGGUUAGAUCAACCACAUCCCCUGAAGUAAUGCUCGAAGAUUGUGUCAUUCUUACAGUUCUGUUGAGGGAAAAAGCUACUGAAGUAAUCAAGUUUUUAUCUGAAAGUCAUUGGACAUCUUCAUGCAUUGUUACUAUGACGAAGUUUCAGGACAUGUGUGGAACACCAAAUGAAGCAUCUGCAAUUUUGAGUUAUUUAUCUGGACUCGGGAAAGCAUGCUAUCUCUCGGUUCAUAAGAAGGAAUUGAUAGAGGGCAUUAAAGUUUCCCUCUCUCAAGAACCAGCACCUACAAUCUCCAGAUUAGAUUUUGAUGUCCUGCACUUGAUAUGGACAACAGAAAAGCUUCAGAAACAAGUUGAUGUGAUCGACCAGCGAUAUGAAAUAUCAAGAAAAUUGGCAUUAGCAUCUCUGAAAUCUGGAAACAAGAAAAUGGCCCUAAGGCAUGCUAGAGAGAUGAAGUUGGCCUCAGAAAAUAGAGAAAAAUGCACUUCACUUUUGAACAGAGUGGAUGGAGUUCUUAAUAUUAUCAUGAAUGCUGAAUCUACAAAGAAGGUGACCGAGGCCAUCCAAAUUGGAGCUCAAGCAAUGAAGCAAAAUAAGAUAACUGUAGAGGAAGUUGAUAUCUGUUUGGAAGAACUCGAGGAGAGUAUUGAUUCACAAAAGCAAGUUGAAAAAGCUCUGGAAUCAACUCCUUCAUACACUGGAAUUGAAGAUGAAGAUAUUGAAGAAGAGUUCAAGAAAUUAGAGGUGGAAAUAGGAAGUGAAAACCUUCAGUCUCAUGUUCCAAGAAUUGGAGUCAGCAGCAUAUCAGGAGAAAGAGACAAUUGGGGACCCAGUGACUCAUUAAGUGGUGCCUUUUCAAAUCUCAAGCUUCAGGAUGCUUCAGCCAGGGAAUCCAUGAAUCAGAGAACCAACGAGUCAAAAAAUGUCACACUUGAAGCAGCGUAAUUGAAAGCAUCAUUCCAGUUAACUAUCUUUGCGUGCCAUUUUGAUGCGAAGUGUUCAGUCACUUGAUCAAGUUGUCGCCUUGUUGGGCUCUCAUGUAAUUUGUAUAUGAUAAUACGAACAUAUAGCAUUGUGUGACCCAUGCAUAAUUCGGAUUCUGUGUAAGGAUAUUGUUUUUGUAUUAUUUUAUUAGGUCUACAUUUUAGUGAUAUAUUAAAGUUGAACGUUUUCAAUGUCCA